AUGCAGUCCAUGAGCCUCAUCGAGAUCGGGAACCCCUCUCAGAGCCUGGAGAAUGUCUGCCGCUGGGCCUACCUCCAACAGAAGCCAGACACGGACCACGAUGAAUACCACGAUCACGCCAUCUUCUCACACGGCAGGACUUUGGGCCUUUCUGGCAUGCAAGCGACCCUCCUUCCCUUCUCUGUGGAACACAUGGCCUCAGGGUCCUCUCACCGGGGCAUGGCAGGACACUUCGUGGUGGCCCAUGAGACUGGCCACGUGCUGGGCAUGGAGCAUGACGGGCAGGGCAACCGCUGCGGCGACGAGGUGCGGCUGGGCAGCAUCAUGGCGCCCCUGGUGCAGGCCGCCUUCCACCGCUUCCAUUGGUCCCGCUGCAGCCAGCAGGAGCUGAGUCGCUACUUGCACUCCUAUGACUGCCUGCGGGAUGACCCCUUUGCCCACGACUGGCCGGCACUGCCCCAGCUCCCAGGGCUGCACUACUCCAUGAACGAGCAGUGCCGCUUUGACUUCGGCCUGGGUUACAUGAUGUGCACAGCGUUCCGGACCUUCGACCCCUGCAAGCAGCUGUGGUGCAGCCACCCCGACAACCCCUACUUCUGCAAGACCAAGAAGGGACCCCCCUUGGACGGGACUAUGUGUGCACCUGGCAAGGAUCUCCGUGUUUGUCCCUCGCUGGGCACGCUGUCCUUCAAGGUCACUUGA